UCUCUCUCUCUCUCUCUCUCCCUCCCCAGCCGUCCCCCUUUUGUAAUUUUUUUUUUACUUUUCUUCCUCUUUUGCUAACAGACAAUCGCCUCGCGCCUUCUUCCUCCUCCUCCUCCUCCUCGCCUCCUUUCUUUUUUUUCUCUCGUCCACUCCUUCGCGUUCCCCCUUUCCUUUUCAGUCCACUUUCGCGUGCGUGCCUGCUGUGUGUGUGUGUGCGUGCGUGCCUCCCGCAUUUAUUUACUAUUUUGCAAGGAGCGGGGAGCAACCCAACCUUCUCUACCGCCACCCCUCCACCAAAAGCAUUAAAUUAAACUGAACGAAAGGACCAGGACGGGGGGUAAACAGAACGAGCAAGCCAACGAAGGGGAAAAAAGAGAAGAGCAGCAGCAGCAACGCGCCCCCUUGCACUCCAGCAACUUCCAGCCAAGAUAAUCAGAAUAACUUGCCUACGUGAACUGCGAGAGAAAAAGGCUGGGGGGGUGGAAGCGAAUAAACUAAAAUAAAGUGGACCCCCAUUCUCUUUAGACCUCCGCAGCUCGCUCCGGCUCCAACGGCAGGCACAACCCGCCGGGGAAGCGGAUCCGCCGGCCACAGCAAGCGACGGGGGGGCGCGCGAUUUGGCCACGGUGUCCCUUAGAUAUGGCAAUGGUAGUGGGCGCUUGGCGAGACCCGCAGGACGAUGUGGCCGGCCCGCAAGGAACGCAGCCUUCGCAAGCCCCCCCCCUGCCGGGAGCCCCGAAGGGCGCCCCCCACACCCCACAGACACCGGGCCAAGGAGGGCCCCCCAGCACCCCGGCUCAGACCAACCCGGGCAGCCAGCAAAACCAAGGGGAGAAGCAGCAGCAGCAGCAGCACAUAGAGUGCGUGGUGUGCGGGGACAAGUCCAGCGGCAAACACUACGGGCAAUUUACGUGUGAAGGCUGCAAGAGUUUCUUCAAGCGCAGCGUCCGGAGGAACCUUAGCUACACGUGCCGCGCCAACCGGAACUGCCCCAUUGACCAGCAUCACCGCAACCAAUGCCAAUAUUGUCGCCUCAAGAAAUGCCUGAAGGUUGGCAUGAGGCGGGAAGUUUCUUCCUUAUUUACUGCAGCCGUCCAGAGGGGCAGAAUGCCACCCACACAGCCGACCCACGGCCAGUUCGCCUUAACCAACGGGGACCCCCUGAACUGUCAUUCGUACCUCUCCGGAUAUAUUUCUCUGUUGCUGCGGGCAGAGCCUUACCCGACUUCUCGCUUCGGCAGCCAGUGCAUGCAACCGAAUAACAUUAUGGGCAUCGAGAACAUUUGCGAAUUGGCCGCUCGGAUGCUCUUCAGCGCUGUGGAGUGGGCCCGGAAUAUCCCUUUUUUCCCCGACCUCCAGAUCACCGACCAGGUGGCCCUGCUGCGGCUCACCUGGAGUGAGUUGUUUGUCCUCAACGCCGCCCAGUGCUCCAUGCCUCUCCACGUCGCCCCACUCUUGGCAGCGGCGGGCCUCCACGCGUCGCCCAUGUCCGCCGACCGCGUGGUCGCCUUUAUGGACCACAUACGCAUUUUCCAGGAGCAGGUCGAGAAGCUCAAAGCCCUGCACGUGGAUUCAGCGGAAUACAGCUGCUUGAAGGCGAUUGUCCUCUUCACCUCAGAUGCGUGUGGUCUAUCCGACGUAGCGCACGUUGAAAGUUUACAAGAGAAGUCCCAGUGCGCGUUGGAAGAGUAUGUGAGGAGUCAGUAUCCAAACCAGCCCACCCGUUUUGGGAAACUGUUGUUACGUCUCCCCUCUCUCCGCACCGUCUCUUCCUCGGUCAUAGAGCAAUUGUUUUUCGUCCGUUUGGUAGGUAAAACCCCCAUAGAAACCCUUAUCAGAGAUAUGCUACUAUCUGGAAGCAGUUUUAACUGGCCGUAUAUGGCCAUCCAAUAAGAGAAAGGGGAAAAAAAUGUUGGAGAGAGGAAAAAAAAAUCCACAAAUCAGAGAAUUUGACAAAGCAAAACAAAACAAAAAUAGAAAAUUUGGAACAGAGGAAUCGCGAGUGACAUUGGGCCUGGCGGUUGUUUAAACGUCCUUCAGUUAAGCAAGGAUGUAACACCUUGGCUAAAAGAAGAGAGGAGAAUAAUUUGAAUGGACUAUGGAUUUUUUAAAAAGAGAAACUUGUUCAAUGGACUUUUUACAGAAUGCAUUAAAAUUCCCUUGUCUUUCACAAGUUACUAUUUCUCUCUCUUUCUCUUUCUCUCUCUCUCUCUCUUUAAAAAGAAAAUUCUUUCUUUCUUUCUUUCUUUCUUUCU